GACUUUACUGGAUUUAUACUCUGGAUGUGGAGCCAUGUCAACUGGUCUCUGCCUUGGAGCAUCCGUAUCUGGUUUGAAACUGGUUACUAGGUGGGCUGUGGAUAUAAAUUCUAAUGCAUGCGAAAGUCUAAAGUUGAACCAUCCUGAAACUGAGGUGAGAAAUGAAGUAGCAGAAGAUUUCCUAUCUUUGCUUAAGGAGUGGGAAAAGCUUUGUAAAGAAUUUCAAUUGUUGGGUUCCCAUCAAUCAGAAGAUUCCAAUUCUGAACAAAACAGCUUGGACAGUGAUGAUGAUGUUGAUGAUGGCUCUAAGGUUCCUUCUGGAGAGUUCGAAGUGGGAAAAUUACUGGCCAUUUGUUAUGGUGACCCAAACAGUGUCAACAAACAUGGGCUGUAUUUUAAGGUAUAUAGACUUUAACCAAGAAUGACCUAUGAAUGUCUU